CAGCCAGCCAGGGGGUGUAUGACGUUAGGCUUGCUAUAACACCUUGUGUCUGGGGUGAGCCUACUCACCCCAUCAGGCCAAGGUGAUUCCUCUAUACUCAAGUAUGUAAACCAUAGCUAUGGGGAGAUGGACAUUCUGCUGACAGAUGGGAUCUGUGAGGAGCACUGUUAGCACCCACUAUAUGGCUCCCUCUAAGUGUUCCAUGAGAUUCCCAGCUACAGACAGCAGAGGAAGGUAUUGGGAGGAAGAGAAGGCUAACAGACCAGAGAGAGGGCAGAAGCAGAAGGGGACCCUGGGCAGAAGCCAAGGCUAAAGACAUGUCAACAAUUGGGAGCUUUGAAGGGUUCCAACCAGUGUCUCUGAAGCAAGAGGGAGAUGACCAACCCUCUGAGACUGACCACUUGUCCACGAAUGUGGGAGACUCAGGCAAGGAACCAGGACCAAAGCAGAUUUCAAGACAACCAAGUGUGACUAAAUCGACCCUUUACCCCAAUCCUUAUCACCAGCCCUAUGCUUCGCGCAAGUACUUUGCUACACGGCCAGGGGCCAUUGAGACUGCGGUGGAAGACUUGAGAGGCCACAUAAAACAGACUUCUGGAGAGACUGUUCAAGGCUUCUGGCUCCUGACGGAGAUUGACCACUGGAACAACGAGAAGGAGAAGGUCCUGCUGCUCACGGACAAGACCCUCUUGAUCUGCAAAUAUGACUUCAUCAUGCUUAGCUGUGUGCAGAUGCAGCAGAUCCCCCUGAGUGCCAUCUGUCGCCUCUGCCUGGGCAAGUUUGUCUUCCCGGGGAUGUCUCUGGACAAGAGACCAGGAGAAGGCCUUAGGAUUUGCUGGGGGAGCACUGAGGGGCAGUCUCUAUUGUCACGCUGGAACCCAUGGUCCACUGAGGUCCCCUAUGCUACCUUCACUGAGCACCCAAUGAAAUAUACCAAUGAGAAGUUCCUUGAGAUUUGCAAGUUGUCCGGGUUCACAUCGAAGCUUGUUCCAGCUAUCGAGAAUGCUCGCAAGGAUUCCGCUGGGUCUGGAGGAGGAAAGGAACUCAUGGUGUUAACCCAACCUAUCCUGAUUGAAACCUACACAGGGCUCAUGUCAUUCAUUGGAAACCGGAACAAACUUGGCUAUUCGCUUGCUCGGGGGAGUAUUGGCUUUUGAGCCUCUUUGUUACAAAGCACAUCAUCUGUAGAUAACUGAUGUGUUUAAAUUAACUACUUUUUUGGAUUACAAUAGUUACUUUAAAAUAAUAUUUAAAGGACUUACUUGUUAGUGUUUUAGGUAGUAUAAAAGCUUGAUUAGACUGGUAGACAUUUAAAGUCUCAUAUGAGAGAAAUCAAAUUUCUGUAAAACCAGACUAAAUACUUUACAUUAAAUACUCCUAAUUUAAAA